AUUACAUCAAUGAAGAAACCAUCAAAAUUGAGAAGCAAUUUGUUUAAGUUUCUAAUAGUACCGCAUGCAGCAUCUAGAUCUGCUGUAAAUUUCCAGUUCCAGAGCCCAUCUCUUAGCCCUGCAAAAAUAUAUGUUGGCGCAGGCAGAUCAGGAUCUUCCGGUACUAGUCCUUCCGUUUCAAUACUCCCUCCAGAGGCUCGAAGAAAGAAGAAGAAUGGAAGCUUUGACGCACGAGAGCCCACCUCCCCAAAAGUCUCGUGCAUGGGCCAUGUCAAGAAGACGACGCCCAGCAAUCCUAAGCGCCGGGUUUCAUCACCUCCGCCACAACCACAACCAACCAUGCGCGACGUUUCUUGUCCAAGCAAAGAGGUUAAGAUAAAAAAGAUCAAGAAGCAAGAAGUUGUUAAGAUUGAUUAUUUCGUGGGACGAAAGCGAGGUGGGAAACCCGAUGGCUCCAGCUGCCGUGAAAAGCCAAGGAUUCCAGAACAAGUACAUGAGACGCCACGGCCUUCUUUGAGUCAGAUAAAGCGGUUUUCAAGCGCUCGCGGUGCACUUUCCAGCUUUGACUGGAGAAUUCAGGGUGCAGCGGGGGUUCCAGCCGAUUGCAAGGAAGAUCAAAGGAGACGAAGAAACGCUUCGUCAGCCAAGAAAUUUUAGGAAAAUAAAUUCAUGACAACCUGAAAUUCUUAACAUGACAAAAUACAUUAGUUUGUAAAAUUCCUUGUACUGAAAAGUAGAUCUACGUAUCAAUCACAAUUUAUGAACAUAUUAUUAUUGUAAAGUACUUACAAUAAUCUCGGACUCACUUUAAUUAUAUAUUACAGUACCCUGUGUCAA